AUGGCAGAAUUAAAAGCGUGUAAAGUGUGUAACAUUAGCCGAGAGAAGCAUUAUGGACUGGCGGUAACCUCUCUGGAUCAGCUCAAAAUAAAAGGUGGUGAGGCUCUAGGGUUCAGACCCAGUGCAUCAGUCUCAGUGGUGCUAGAAGUUGAUGGGACUAUUGUGGAAGAUGAGGCUUACUUCAUGUGUCUGCCAGCAAAUACAAAAUUCAUGCUGUUACAUGCCGACGAAAUAUGGAUGCAUUCUCAUCAAGUUGCUGGAGGGACAGCACAGCCUUGCAGAAAGUCCACUGAUCUGGAGGUAGAUGGAAAAGACACUGUUGAUGGGUUUGAAUCUUGGCGCAGUUUGGCAGGACAGCUCAGACAGGACCUGGCCAGUAUUAUCCUCAUGUCCGAGGCAGAUCUACAGAGUUUGAUUGAUGUGCCAUGCUCAGAUCUGGCUGCAGUGUUGGACUUCUCACAGCAGAAAACCCAGGUCCUACAGGACACGCUGCAGAGAAUGCUGGACCGCAGGGAAGAAGAGAGACAGUCCAAAGAGUUACUGAGGCUCUAUUUGAAAGCCAUGGAGCGAGAAAGCACCUGGGACCCACAAGAAGAUAGCGCUAGACUUGAUGAGACAGAUGGGGUGCAGGUGGAGGCCGCAGCAGGGUUCAGCUCCACAACACUAAUGCUCCUGAAGGACAAAAAAUACCCAGAGACCAGACUAUCCAAUGAAGAGCUACAGAUGGUAGCAGGGCAUCGAGUGGAGGUCAUGAUGGAGGUGUUGGGCUGGGACGGUGAAAGGACAUCAGCACUGGUCCAGGCAUGUGAAAGUGAGCUCAGUAAAUGCCUACAGCGAGUUCAAGCCCUGCAAUCCCUCAGUGCUCAAUAUCAGUCCACUUCACAAGCACACACUGAGAGAGAGACCCGAGCCAAACGAUGCAAAAAACACACACACUGACAAACCUCUAUUUUUGUGACCCUGGAUCACAAAAGCAGGCUUAAGUAGCACCGGGUAUAUUUCUAGCAAUAGCCAAAAAUACAUUGUA